CUGGGUGCAGGGCCUGCGGAUCCCUGCGGUCCGCGGCGUGCAAGUGCCACUCCCUGGGGUGCGCCCGGAAUCCGCGAGCCACGGAACCUAAGAAUGCCCACCCGCCAGAGCCGGAGGGCAGACGCUGGCACACCGGACGCGGGGACGCCAGAAGCGGCUGGACCCGGAAAUAGGGGUUGCCGGUGGCCGUCCCGGGAACAAGGACCGGAGCUGGAUCCGCGGUGCGGCUGCGGGUGAGUCCACCUGUAGGUGGAAGAGCCAGUCCAGAGAGGAGGGCCAGGCAUCCACCUGGCCUGACCAUCACUCCAGAUCCCCAGGCCCCAGCAUCUUCCUAGCAUGGAUUUAGGAAUAAAAUUGACCUGAGAUCAUUGGGGCCACUUCACCUUCCCCCAAAUGGAGCCACAUUCCCAGGAUCAUCUCAGCCACUUCAGCUGACCUGGAGUCAGCAUUGGUAAUAGUGCUGUGCUGCGGAACAGUGGAGUCUAAACUUUUUCAUUGCCAGUGCCCCGAAACUGGAGUGUGAAGGACCGAGACAAGAUGAAGACUGUGCUCAUGGUUGCUGAAAAGCCGUCCUUGGCACAGUCAAUUGCCAAAAUCCUCUCUAGAGGGAGCCUGUCCUCACACAAAGGGCUGAACGGGGCCUGCUCAGUCCACGAGUACACUGGGACCUUUGCUGGCCAGCCAGUGCGCUUCAAGAUGACGUCUGUCUGUGGUCACGUGAUGACCCUGGAUUUCCUGGGAAAAUACAACAAAUGGGACAAAGUGGACCCCGCAGAACUGUUCAGCCAAGCUCCCACGGAGAAGAAAGAAGCUAACCCCAAGCUGAACAUGGUGAAGUUCCUGCAGGUGGAGGGCAGAGGCUGCGACUACAUCGUGCUGUGGCUGGACUGCGACAAGGAGGGGGAGAACAUCUGCUUUGAGGUUCUUGAUGCUGUUCUGCCCGUCAUGAACAAGGCCCAUGGUGGCGAGAAGACCGUGUUCCGGGCCAGGUUUAGCUCCAUCACGGACACAGACAUCUGUAAUGCCAUGGCCUGCCUGGGCGAGCCUGACCACAACGAGGCGCUCUCAGUGGAUGCUCGCCAGGAGCUGGACCUGCGAAUCGGCUGUGCAUUCACCAGGUUUCAGACUAAAUAUUUCCAGGGGAAAUAUGGUGAUUUAGACAGCUCUCUCAUCUCCUUUGGGCCGUGUCAGACUCCAACCCUGGGAUUCUGCGUGGAGAGACAUGAUAAAAUCCAGUCUUUCAAACCAGAGACCUACUGGGUGCUGCAGGCCAAGGUUAACACUGACAAAGACAGAUCUCUCCUUUUGGACUGGGACCGAGUAAGAGUGUUCGACCGGGAGAUCGCACAGAUGUUUUUAAACAUGACAAAGCUGGAGAAGGAAGCCCAGGUGGAGGCCACAAGCAGGAAAGAAAAGGCCAAGCAGAGGCCCCUGGCCCUGAACACCGUGGAGAUGCUGCGUGUGGCCAGCUCUUCUCUGGGCAUGGGGCCGCAGCACGCCAUGCAGACGGCCGAGCGGCUCUACACGCAAGGCUACAUCAGCUACCCACGGACAGAGACCACCCACUACCCUGAGAACUUUGACCUGAAGGGCUCUCUGCGGCAGCAGGCCAACCACCCCUACUGGGCUGACACGGUGAAGCGGUUGUUAGCAGAAGGUAUCAACCGCCCAAGGAAAGGCCACGAUGCCGGCGACCAUCCCCCCAUCACCCCCAUGAAGUCUGCCACAGAGGCCGAAUUAGGGGGUGACGCGUGGCGGCUCUAUGAGUACAUCACCAGACACUUCAUUGCCACGGUCAGCCAUGACUGCAAGUACCUGCAGAGCACCAUCUCCUUCAGAAUCGGGCCCGAGCUCUUCACCUGCUCCGGGAAGACCGUCCUCUCACCAGGCUUCACGGAGAUCAUGCCCUGGCAGAGCGUGCCCCUGGAGGAGAGCCUGCCCACUUGCCAGCGGGGCGACACCUUCCCUGUGGGCGAGGUGAAGAUGCUGGAGAAGCAGACGAGCCCGCCCGACUACCUGACGGAGGCCGAGCUCAUCACGCUCAUGGAGAAGCAUGGCAUUGGCACAGAUGCCAGCAUCCCUGUGCAUAUCAACAACAUUUGCCAGCGCAACUACGUCACUGUGGAGAGCGGGCGCCGGCUCAAGCCCACCAACCUCGGCAUCGUCCUGGUGCACGGCUACUACAAGAUUGACGCAGAGCUGGUGCUCCCCACCAUCCGCAGCGCAGUGGAGAAGCAGCUGAACCUGAUCGCCCAGGGCAAGGCCGACUACCGCCAGGUCCUGGGCCACACCCUGGACGUGUUCAAGAGGAAGUUCCACUACUUUGUGGACUCCAUUGCCGGCAUGGAUGAGUUGAUGGAGGUGUCUUUCUCGCCCCUGGCGGCCACAGGCAAGCCUCUCUCACGCUGUGGGAAGUGCCACCGCUUCAUGAAGUACAUCCAGGCCAAGCCAAGCCGCCUGCACUGCUCCCACUGCGAUGAGACCUACACGCUCCCCCAGAACGGCACCAUCAAGCUCUACAAGGAGCUCCGCUGCCCUCUAGAUGACUUCGAGCUGGUCCUGUGGUCUUCAGGUUCUCGGGGCAAGAGCUACCCGCUGUGCCCCUACUGCUACAACCACCCACCCUUCCGAGACAUGAAGAAAGAAUCGAGCAGGCAACCCUAGUCCACCCUCAGGACCUGAGCACAGGUGUGCAAUGCUCCCUCCGGAGCUGAGUGAGCAAGAGGAUGCAGCAGUCGGGGGACCCACCCGGUGAGCGGGCACCCCCAGUCAGCGUCCACCACUGUCCUCCAUCCUCAUCCUCGUCCUCAUUACUGGAGGAGGGAGCGCACGUCCAGGCAGGCAGGACAGAGAGCACCGAGCCAGACCAGGAACCAGCGGUAGUGAGGCGUCUGCCCACAUUCACUGUGUGCGCUGCAGAAAGCCCCCUCAGGCCUCAGUCUGCACCCAGGCUGCCGGAGGAGUGAGACCCCAUCCCCGCCCUCCUGCUGCCUCCAGAGCAGCUGACAGGGUGGUCCCAUGUGGCCCAGUGACAUGAGGGUCAUGUGGCAUUACCAGUAACAAGCUGUGACAGCAAAGCAAAGGGGGGAUGGAGUCGGCUGAAACCCACUGGGAUGGCGCCAGCGAGGGGCCUUGAAAGUUGAGGAGGUUUCAGAUAAGCAGAAAACAAGGGUAAUAGCAGCCAGAAGCCGAAGCAUGAGCAAGGCCGUCCCCAAGAGCAAGGCCAAGAAGAGUUCCUUCUGCUGGGACGAGGGAUCCAGGAGCUUGAGGCAUUGGGAGCAGGCCGCAGAGGGCAGGUGGGCACAGUGGACGUGCCUUUACAGGGCUCCCCUCUCCCGCCAGGCAUGGGCUGCAACGAGUGUACGCACCCCUCCUGCCAGCACUCGCUGAGCAUGCUGGGCAUCGGCCAGUGCGUGGAAUGUGAGAGCGGGGUGCUGGUGCUGGACCCCACCUCGGGCCCCAAGUGGAAGGUGGCCUGCAACAAGU